CGGGUGCGGCGCAGCGGCGGGCACGGGUCUGGCGGCAGCCGGUGUCAAGGGUUGUUUUUCCAGUAAUUUGGACCUUUUUGAAGCACCUGCUUGCCGAAUGCCAUGAAUAUUGCAGUGAACCAUGAGGAAGAAAAAGCUGUCCAUUCCUGGUCAAGAAUUUCCUCUGCAGGGCAGAAAGUUCUGGAGGAAGCCCUCCGAGUCUUCAACCCGAUGUCCAAGGAUCUUUCGGACACAGAGACCCAGCUGGUGGCCUUCAUCCAAGGCCUGAAGGAGGAGGGCUACCAGCCCACGAUUCUGAGGAGUAAGGAUGUGUACGGGUACAGCUCGUGCACGGCAGUCACGCCGAGUCAGACGGGAGCAAACACUCAGCGCAACUGUGCCAGCACCACUGAGCCCACCCAGAGUCCAGCCAGGAACUCAGGGGCAAAAGUGGCCCCUUUGCCCACCAGCAUGCCAGUGAGCUCUUUGAAAGUCUCCAAAGGGGAUUCCAGAAAUCUCCUCUUGAGCUCCUUGAAGCAGACAGGAUCUGGCACAUCCAAGGCGGCGACGGUGGGCUUCCCUACAAGCAUGUAUCCUGACGUGUAUCCAGCUAUGAGACUGUCAGUGGUUCUGGAAGCCCUGGUGCCACUGAAAACUGCCACAUCCUGUUUGGAGUCCAAGUACACGCAGGGGCGUCUUGGCAUCUCUCCCUCAGACCUUAAACUCCUCAAGACUUCAAGUGCACCAAGGCAGUUUUCUUCAGGCAAGAGCACUAAAAUAACCGAAGGCAAGGGGUACAAGCGUUUGGUUAAGAAAGCUCCCGAUUCUGGCACCCGUGCUUUAAAGCUUCUGAAGGGACCAAAGGGUGGAGUGCUGCAGGAGAGCAACGCCUGCAAAGCCUCCGGAGUUCUCAACGGGAGAGUCGCAGGCAGCUCGUCCCAGGACUGCGCCACAGCGCCACAGCCCAAGACCUUGAAAAUCAAAGAUAAGGAAGUUCUGCUGGGAAAAACAGAGUGGAAGGACAGCAGCACUUACCAGGAGGGCACUAGGCAGAAGAAGAGAAGAGCUACAGAGGCAAAAGAAGCACCACAGAGGAAAAAAGCAAAUACCAUUCCUGUCCGAAAGAAAACUCGAAAGGCUCAGAGCUCUUUGAACCUGCUGAAAUUCCGGACCAUCAAGGUGGGCAACUCUUCCUCUGAUGAUGAAGUGAGGAGGAGAGCACAGAAGAUUCUUAGGGUCAACUUGUCCCCUGUGAUCCAAAUUCAGCCCUUGUCCCAUUCUCAUAGUGUCCCCUGAAUUUCUUCACUUUGACACUUUUUUUUGUAAGUAAGUAAAUACGAGCCUGGCACCAGAGCACAGAGAGGCCUAGGAGUGACUCUGUGUCUCUGGUGCCAAUAUGCCCACUAACCUGCAGACAGAGCAGCCCACUCUCAUGCUGUUCCUGCCUGUCUGCCACUGCUGUGCAGAACUGGCUGCAGAAAUCCAAACCCCUGUUUGGGAGUGUGGGACAGUGACUGUGGCCAGCAUUGAGCUGAGCAGGCCGGAGAGCUCACUUCUCACCACACUCCCCUGAACGUGGCAGGCUGUGCUCUUGUGCAGGGGAGAACACAGGACUUUCUCAUAACAUUGAUGCACUGUGAUAUUGCUCUUUUUCAAGCUGUACAUUUACUGGUUUUAUUUUGAUCAAAUUUUAUAACUUUAUUAUCUAUAUAUCUAUAUAUCCAUAUAUGUGCAUAUGGCCCAGGAACUGUGGGAAGAUGCACUUCCUCCAUCCCUUUGGGAUUGGGUUUGAUAGCUUUUGUUCCUCCUUCCCUUCAGCUAGCCUUUUGUUGAAAGGUGCCAGAAUUCCUUUGUGGUUCAUUGUUGUGACAGUCUGUCCUGGGCUCCCUUGAGCAGCUCAGAGGCAGCAGCAGUGUAGCCAGUUGUUUGUCUCCAGAAUGCCAAACAAUCUGGAGAAUUACCAGCUGGUAGUUUUAAUUCUGUUUUCAGUAUAACCUCUGCAUAACAGUGGGGGAGUGUCACAGGGCUGCAAGUCUGUCUGACAUCUUUGGGCACCUCCUCCCUUUGUGGGUAGCAGAAGUUUUGAACACAUGGUAGGGAUUUGCCUCCAAAGAGGAUUCCUCCUCAGCACCCAGCAUUACUCUGCUCUCCUGUACCCCAGGUGCAGCUGUGCAUCACCAACUGUGACUGUUAGAGCCAAAGGGCUGGAAUUGUUAGCAUGAACUGUGUAGUGUCCUGCCCCCCAUGUAACUGCUCUGCUGUUGCUGGGUGUUCCAGGAGCAGAUCCCAGGUGCUGGUAGAGAACUGUUGGCUUUGGCUGGAGUUAAACCACAACAGAGACACACGCUGUGUUUGAAUGCUUUAGCUACAUCCUGCCAGUCCCAGACUCAGUGGGAUACUUGAGCCUGAGUUAAAGCAGAAAAGUGAAAAAUUUGGGAGCACAUACACCAGCGCUUAAACACAGAGAGUCACUUUCUGUGGUUUGUGGGGAUGAAGCAGUAGGAGGGGAGAUGGGCAUCAUGUGGGGGGUGGCAGCCUUGCUGUGCCAUCAGGGAUGUUGUGAGAAGGUGUGUGGCAGUGUGAGAGCUCUGUGUGGAAGGAGGAGUGCAGGCUCUGCCAUCCCUAGGAGGCACUGCAGAACUGCUGCACACGGCUGCUGUCACCUCCCUGCACUGGGGCACGCUGCUGGAUCAGAACACGGCUCUGUGCUCUCUGCACUCCACAGGGAUGGAUCUACUAAUCCCAGGAGGAACACCUCACUGGAGCAGUUAGUGCUGCUGCUGUCACCUGGAAGGGACAGCCUGCUGUCCUGGGGAAAGGAAGAGGCUGGGUAUGGGCCUGGCUCUGUAUGUCGCUGUCUGCUCAGAUGUCUGCAGCAGUAGUGUAAUCCACUCAUUCUCUCACCAGCUCAAAAUACCAGUUGUCUGACCUAAUAAUCUCUGUGGACACUGGCUGAAGGGAUGAGCUCCCCAGGGAAGUCCCAGGUCCUUGUAUUUGAGCCACACCCCCGAACACCUGGUUGGAUUUCAGUGGUUUAUAAAACGGGUCAGUGUCUGAUCGCCAGCACAGAAAGGAAGACUGGUGUGAAGAGAAGAGAGGAGGUUCAUGACAGGGUGAGAAGGCAGGGAAGUUGAGAGUUCUGAGGUGCAUCUGGGUUCUCCUCUCACCCACACAGAGCAGGGUGGAGGUUCACUUUCACUAACCAACCUGGUCUAGUGUAAAGUGUCCCUGCCCAUGGCAGGUUGGUUGGAGCAAGAUGGUCUUUAAGAUCCCUUCCAACCCAAGCCCUUCUGUGAUUUUAUGAUUCAGGGAAUGAUUGCAAGCCCUGAACCCCAGACUUGGGUUCUGAGUUGCUGUCAGAGAUCAUAACUUGCAGUGUUUGAGACUGACCUGUGAAUGCCGCUGCUUGGCUGCCAAGGAGGAGGAAAUAUUUUCUUCUGCUUCUGUGUUUUAAAAUGCCCUGGCAGAGAGUUCCCUGUCCUGACCUGGUGCUGGAUGAACAGGGGCUCUCCAUCACUGUCAACUGGCCAAAAAUUGCUUUGUUCCUUUUGUUCCCACUCCUUCAGACCUUUCUCAUUCCCACGCUCUCAAAUGCCAGGUCUUGAAGUCCUGCACUGGUGUUUCUCUUUUGGGCUGUUUCCCGAGGAGGGCUCUGAACUCCUGCCUGUGGUAUUGCUGUCAGGCUUCUCAGCAGCUUCCCCCGUUCCCAGACCCUUAUAAGGGCACUGAGAGCUGUCUUUGGAGUCUCCUUAUGCAGCACAGGCGUCCCAGCUGAGCCCUUGGCCUCCGCUGGGAAAAACAACGUGCAUCAACAAGGCUGAAUCCAGGUCGGAGCCUCUUUUCCUCCAGCCUGAGUGGGAAGCUGAGCACCUGAGGCCAACUUACCAGGGCACAUCCCUCCUCGUCACUGCGUGUCUUCUCUCAGCUGCACUGCUGCCUGCCUCUUCACUCUUUUCUAUCACCUCUUGUCUUUCACAGCUUGGGUCUCUGCCAGUCAAGGACUUGACUUGUAUUGUUGCUUAACACAUCCAGCACAGCAUCCAGCCUUUGUGCUGCCGUGCCUUUCCCAGCACUGAGCUGAGUUCUGUGCGUGCUUGGUGGUGACAGUUUGCCCUGUGUCCUUCCAGGCACCAGCAAAAGGUGUUCUGCUCCACAGGGAGAGACAAGCUUUGGAAACACCUCUGUGUCACUGAGGCUGCUGCCAGGGAGGUGAGCACUCCACAGCUGUGUGCUCAGGGACUUGCUCAUCACCAGUCCCCUCUGUCAGCUCCCCUGUGCAUCUCUAACAGACCACAGGGCCCUGAGCAACAGGGCAGUGCUGAACCUCCAUUCCCUGCCCUCCUCUUGUCUCUUCCUCCUCUUGCAGGUGCUUUGGGAACUUGACUGAAAGGGUUGCAUGUUGUUAUAGAGGGGCUUUACAGCCUCUGUGCCAAUGCCAGCAAAUGCUGCCCUGGUACCAGCCAGCACUGGCAGAGGGGGUGCCUCAGUCUGGCACAGGUUGGCUCCCCCAUCCUUCAGCUCGUGCCCAGGUGUGGGUGCUCCUGGUGCCCUGGGCAUGUAACACUGAUGUGCACGAGGCUGCAGAGGGGCUCUGUGUGCAUGUUGCUCUCUGCUGUUCAGGGUAGAUGAAGGGUUUGAUCAAACCAGAGCUACCUAAGACCUGAUCUAGCCAGAGGUCUCCUCCACAGGUCCCUUCUAUCCUGUGUUAUUCUGUGGCAGCUGAGUAACACUUGCAGGGAUCUGUGCAACAGUAACUGGCAGGCACAGAGAAAUGCAUUGCCCAGAGCGCUGUGGUCUCUGCUGAGCAUGUGGUAUGCACCUUGUCCAGACCUGUUUCUGUAUUAGUCACUUUGAAUUCAUCCAAGUGCCUAACCUGGCCUGUGUUGUUCUGGGCACUGUGACAGCAGAGAGCUUUGGAGACUCUCUUAGGAAUGCUUUUAACGCAUGGAUUUGUGCCACUGUCACUUCUAGAAAUGAUUCGGCUAGUGGUCAAAGGGCUCUUCUUCCAACUGAUUUUUUUGGAAAUAAUUUCUCCUUUUGUUCAGCUGCCAAGGAGCAGUUUAUGCUUCCUCUCCAGCAGACAAGGUCCUUGAGCUUCCUGCAUGCUUCAGAUGUCCGUCAGCAAGGUCCGUGGGGAGAGCAGCCUGUCCGGCAGGCAGCUGAAGGGGAAGCUGACAUCAGAUACCAGUUGAAAUCACAAUGUUAAUUGGUAGAAAUGUUCUGAAGCUCAUGUCCACUGUGAUUAGAUUUCACCGUCUGCCACUGCUUAUGGUUGUAGAAGUUUCUCCUCAGCCUCUUCCCUGCAAGCCAUGUUGCUGCUGCUGCUUCUAAACUAUUUGCAUCCCCAUGAGCCAGCUGCUGUAGCAAACCUUGUACAGAAUUUCUUAAGCACUUUUUUGCAAAAAAAGAAGGGAUUAUUUUAUUACUCCUGCUUGGCAGCCCAUGAGUGGUAUUUCAGUGUGUGGAGGAGGUGUGCUCCCUGGAGUGCUCACCUCACUGGGCAGCUCUCAGACCAGGUCAUACUACCAGGGCUGGGGUUAGUGGGCUGAGAUCCCUCCAGUGCCUGGUGCUUCCUUGCAUGGAGUUCAGCCAGUUGCCAGCUAGGAACAUGCCAGGGGAAUCAGCAGCAGCACAGCACAGAUGGGUGAUGCUGCACAUGUGGCUCCAAGGUUCUGCUCCACAGCUGCCCAUGGUUUGUGGCCUGUCCUCCAGGCCCCCUGGUACACCAGGAGCAUUUCUCCACUCCAGCUCCAGGUGUGGCAAGAGGGGCUGGGAGGCUCUGGGUUUUGGAAUUGAGCACAGAGUUUGUGCCCUUUAAAUUGUGACUUGUGCUGUGUUCAUGGCCAGAACUUGCCAGCAUGUGGGGGGUUCAGCCAGCCCAGCAGUUCUUCCCCUUUGGAUCCAAGUUCCCUGCC